GAGUCUUUCAACCUUUAAUGCCCGCAAAGUCAUGUAGGGAAGAUAAAGACUGCAACGAAGAGGAAAAAUGCUGCGUGUAUAACGGAAAACCUGUCUGUGCCCCUGCUAUUCUUUAUGAUCAAGCAUGCCCAAACAUGUUUGGAUUAUCUGGGGUAUGUGCUGAACUUUGCACCCAUGAUAGUGAUUGCAAGGAAGGUGAAAAGUGCUGCUCCAAUGGAUGUGGCCAUCAAUGCAUGUCCACUGUGCCAGUAAAACCUGGAAGCUGCGACCCUCCACUGUCCACCUCAUGGUGUCAUGACUUCUGUGAUCAUGAUGGGGACUGCCUAGGAGAAAAGAAAUGCUGUCCAACAACAUGUGGUCGCUACUGCAAACAGCCAUGA